GUCAUGGCGCCGCUCCGUUCCCUGCUCACCCAUGUCCUUGUGGCCCUGUUUGGGAUGGGCUCGUGGGUGUCCGUCAACUCCCUGUGGGUGGAACUGCCCAUUGUGGUAAAAGAGCUUCCGGAAGGUUGGAAUUUGCCGGCGUUCCUCACUGUGCUCAUAGCUCUGGGUAACGUUGGGCCGCUGGCCGUUACUCUGAGCCACCGACUCUGCCCCCCGGGACGGAUUUCUGAGCCAUGGCUCAUCCGCUCCAUUCACGCCCUGAGCCUGGCGUCCGCAGCGCUGCUGGCCGUGUUCUGGGACCGCCGCGCGCCGGUGGCUGGGGAGGAACGCAGCGUGCCCUACCUGGUGCUGGCCUUCCUACUCGCUCUGGGCUGCUGUACCUCCAACGUCACCUUCCUGCCGUUCAUGUACCAAUUCCCCCAGCUGUACAUACGCAGCUUCUUCAUCGGCCAGGGCCUCAGCGCGCUCUUCCCCUGUGUGCUGGCUCUGGCCCAGGGAGUUGGGCGCCUGGAGUGCAGGAACAACACGUGGGGAAACGGAACCGACGUCCACUACAUGGAGGAGAACUUCUCAGCCUCGGCCUACUUUUGGGGUCUUUUCGCUCUCCUCCUCGUGUCCGCCGCGGCAUUUCUCAUCCUGCAGUACUGGCAACUAAACGGCGCGCAGGAAGGAGCCCAGGAGGCCGGAGCCGCCGCCGUUCCCCACGAUGGGUCGGGGUCAGAUGAUUCGUACCCACUGAGGAGCCCCGAAGAGGAGAAGAAACCCGGGGCUGAUGCUGCCGCCCAGCAGAGCUUCUGGUCCAUGCGCAAUGUGUACCUGCUGGUGCUGCUGGGCGUGUCCAAUGCCCUGACCAAUGGGGUGCUGCCCUCAGUACAGACCUAUAGCUGCCUGCCCUACGGGUCCGACGCCUACCACCUGUCGGUGGUGCUGAGUAACAUCGCCAACCCGGCGGCUUGUUUCAUCGCCAUGUGUGUGAUGUGCAGGUCGUCCCUGGGUCUCGGGGUGAUUAUGGCGGCCGGGGUCGUGUUUGCCGGAUACCUGAUGGUUUUGGCUUCGAUGAGUCCGUGCCCCCCUCUCGUCGGGACCACCGCAGGCAUCGUGCUCUUGGUCAUGUCCUGGUCUCUGUUCAUCGGUCUCUUCUCCUACCUGAAAGUGGUGAUCGGCAGCCUGCUGCACGAGGCCGGACACCAGGCUCUCUUGUGGUGCGGAGCGGUUAUUCAGGCCGGCUCUCUCUUCGGCGCUCUACUUAUGUUCCCCAUGGUCAGCAUUUACCACCUGUUCCGGGCGGGCAGAGACUGCCAGGACAACUGCGCCCUGUGAGGAAAUGCCUCUGGUACCCUGGCCUGGGGCAGAAGGCCGCCUGCACUCCGCUCGUCUCCUCCGAUCUCACGAAACUCAGGAUUCUUUUUGUAUUAAAACAAAAAACGUUCUUUUUUUCCAAUAAAAUGAUUUGAUUCUGUGCUCCGC